CCUUGCCUCUUUAACUUCCCACAUGUGUCUGGGCUUCUAAAUCUGUCUGGCGACCAUAAGGCUGUAACUCAGCCCUAGCAGCCUUAGCAGAGUGGUGCAGAAUCUCCAGUCCCCACGAGUUGCAGAGCAGAGUGGAGUAGAGUAGCCUCCAACGAGACCUCUUGGAUAACGGAGUGUGCGUAGUGUCCAGGAAAUACUUCACGACUUGGGCAGGGACAUGUUAUUGGAAAAGCUGACAAGGGGGCUGCCUGGAGUCUGUCAUGCAGCUUUUUAAGAGGAGCUCAAUCUCCUUUUAUCUGCCUGACACACCCUGAUUUAGUGAGAGAUCACUGAGAGCCCUGAGUGAGAGACAGAGAGAAGGAUAGGAGAAGGAGAGCAAGACAGGGGGAGAGAUGACCCAAGAACAGUGCACUCAUAGGAACAAUGUCCAGAGCUCAGAGAAACCACAUGUGUACAAAGUGGGGAUUUAUGGCUGGCGGAAACGUUGCCUUUACUUCUUCGUGCUCCUGUUAAUGAUCCUGAUCCUGGUCAACCUUGCUUUAACCAUCUGGAUACUAAAGGUCAUGAACUUCACCAUUGAUGGUAUGGGCAAUUUAAGAAUAACGGAGAAGGGCCUGAAACUGGAGGGGGACUCUGAGUUUCUUCAACCUCUGUAUGCUAAAGAAAUUCAGUCCAGACCAGGUAGCCCACUGUUACUGCAAUCCUCCAAAAAUGUGUCCAUCAAUAUCCUCAAUGGGAAGAAUCAGCUGGUCACACAACUUAUUGCAGGAUCCAGUGGAGUGCAUGCUCGAGGGAAGAUGUUGGAAGUGAAAUCUAGCACAGGGAAGCUGCUGUUCUCUGCUGAUGAUCAGGAGGUGGUGGUGGGAGCAGAGAGGCUACGGGUGACAGGUGCCGAGGGAGCCGUGUUCAGCAACUCUGUGGAGACGCCACACGUCAGGGCCGAGCCCUUCAAAGAGCUACGGCUGGAGUCUCCCACGCGGUCGCUGUACAUGGAGGCCCCUAAAGGAAUCCAGAUCCUAGCAGAGGCAGGGGACAUCCAGGCCACGUGUAGAAGUGACCUACGCCUGGAGUCCAAAGACGGAGAGAUCAAUCUGGACGCACGGAGGAUCAGGCUGCUGCGUCUGCCGGAGGGCAAGGCCUCUCCAUCGGGGACCACCUCCAGACAAACUGUCUAUGAGGUGUGCGUCUGUCCCAAUGGAAAACUCUUCCUCUCACAGGCCGGGAAAGGCUCCACCUGUCAGAUCAGCAACAACGUCUGCCUCUAGAACACACACACACACACACACACACACACACACACACACACACACACACACACACACACACAAACAUUUGCAUGCACACACACAAGCACUGAAACAUACACACACAUACAUGUAUACUGAAACACACACACACAUUGAAACACACAUACACUUACACAUACAGAUCAUACCAACACACAUUGUUAUCAAACACACACACACACACACACACACACACACACACACACACACACACACACACACACACACACACACACACACACACACACACACACACACAGAGAGAGAGAGAGACACAUACACAGAGACACUCACACACACACAAAGUGUUCUGUCCCUCCUAACAACCCUCUGGCAGAAACUGAGAGGGAUUCUCCUGCGAUUUACAAAGAGACACUCAGAGUGACAAUGUUCUGUUCGCUGUCCUGAAGACAAUUUCAGUACCAGAAUCACUAGGGUGAUCACCCACAUUUAGAAACCCUGCAAUAUCCUGCCAUUUUACACUUUUUGCUUGAAGUCAUCUACCACACGUGGUGAUAGAAGGCUCAUUGCUAUUUUGUUCUAUGAUUAAAUUUUUCCAGUUUGUUAGCAGUUCUAACGAAUAUUGUCUCUUGUUUUGAAACAUGAAGUGUGUGCCAAUAGUAUUUUCUUUUGUGAAUGAUUUUGAUUGUCAAUGUGUCAAGCUUGGUAACACUUGCAUAUCAUGUCAAUUCACGUAAAUGUCGACUUUAUAGAAUCAUGAAGAGAACAACAGCAGCACAGAUUUUUAACCCACACAGCUAAGGGAGCAUUAUGGUAAACAUUGAGUAUAUCUCAAUAUAUACCAGAGUAUAUACUGUAUAUAUACCAUAAAUACCAUAGAGAGCAUAUCUGCAAAUCUGUGUAUGCGACGAAUAAACUUUGAUUUGAUUUGAUGGAGAUGUGAUGGUCUUCAUAGGUGAUCACCCUACCAUUUCCUCGUACUGGGACUGAACCAUUGUGACCCACUCUGUUCAAAGAGGGGAAAUUGUGCCUGUGCCUUAUAUCAAUGCACUUGUGGCAAGGAGAAGCACAUCACACAGACUUUAUUUUGUUAAUGAGUACAUUUGAUUUUUCCUUUCGGUUAAAUCCGCUUUGUGUGUAGAGGGUGGGAAUGCAAAGAUAUCUGACUCACCCAACUGCAUGCACCCACACCCUCUUUCACCCUCUCCUUUUCUCAUAUUUUUUCAGUGGUUUAAUCCCUUUACCAAUAUGUUGGCCCAAAUAUUAUUGUCAAACACAUGUUUUUUUUAUAUAGUUUAUUUGUAAAUACACAAUCACAUCUGUGUGUGUCAAGGACAUAUCCUCGAUAAAUGGAGAAUAUGCUCUUUUGCAAAUUCAAGCUUUUAUAUCAUGUGUUUUUGUAAAAAAAAAAAAAGAUUGAAUAAGUAAACAUCUUGAUAUUCUACAGGUACGCAUGUAUAGUGUACAAUGUUUGCCUUUUGGGAGAAGUGAUAUUGCUUUUUCGUUAUUUUGGUCCUCUUCUUUGUGUGAACUUCUCACAUGCUGAGCUCAAUAGUAAAUAUGAAUCCUAGCCCAUUUUGUUUGGCAGUUGGGGAUGAGGUCUUUGCAUUCCUCGUGUGUUGUGUGGAAUUUGUUCUACUAAAAGCUUUUUUUUGCCUUUUCUCGACUGUGUAUUUGGCUCUACUUGUUCAAUGAUGCUCAGAGUAACCGACACACAAACCAAAAAGUGGAGGGGCCCCUACUAUGACUUGAUACGUAGUCAUCUUGUACAGUACUCAUUGAGUACUUGUCCUUAGCUCCCAUACACUGCAAUCCUCCUGAAGCAAUCUGAAGUGAACAGUGUCUGUGUUCAAGUUUAUUAGAGAGAAAAUGGAUGUACUCAAGUCCACUUUGCCUUGCAUCGAUGUCCUCUUCCUUUACUCCAUUUCAAUGGGGCUGUUUGCCUCAGCUUAGACCACUCGUUAUAAGUGCAGCAUCCCUGCUGAGGAAAGCAAUACAGUCUUCAGGAGGGUUUUUACAGCUGGGUUUUUACAGCUCUGUCAAUGUUGUGCUACUGUAUAUUCAAGAGAUGUUACGUUUUGUAUUGGCUCUGUAAAAUGUUAUUUUUUCUCCACAUAAAAGCCUUUUAUUAAUUUAGAUUUCAGACGCACACACUGUAAAAUGCCACUGAGUAUUGCUGAUAGAAUAUAAUAAACUAAAUGUCAAGAUGACUGAAGCAUUUCCCCAGGCAUAUUGAAUUUGGUCUGUUUUAUACAGUUAUUGUUGUCUGAAAAGCAGAUCAGUUGACCCAAACUACAGCAUUCUUACAUUUCAGUGUUCUGCACCAUAGAAAAGUUAUGACACAGACACGCACAAAUUGUACAAACCUGAGUGUGUCCAGUGCUAAUUGACUAGAUCAGAGGACUGUAUCAACACCACUCAAAUUAAGUUUAACUCCCCUUUUCCUCCUCAUUAUAGUGAGACAGACUGUCCAAAGUGUUUGAUGUGUGUUUUGAUUGUUUAGGAACAGGGCAAAUGGCUGCCGUGAGCCUCAUUAGCAAGUAUUUGCUAAGUGCCCGGUCACUGGUUGCCUCUGCCACAACCCCAAUAACAGGAUUGCAAAUCAUUAAAAGCGGCCCUAGUCCUCUACUACUCUCCUGUCCACUGCACAUACAUGUCAUUCUGACUCCAGUUAUUAGAUUGUCUCUGUUUGUAAUUAUAAAACAGCGUUUCCAAACCCCAAUCCUCGAGUACCCCAACAAACUCACCUGAUUCAACUCAUUGAGGGCUUGAUGACUAGUUGACAAGUUGAAUCAGGUGUCCAUGUCCAGGGUUACAACAAAAAUGUGUGCUGUUGGGGGUACUUGAGGACUGGAGUUGGGAAACACUGCUCUAAAAUAAAUACCGAUCAAUGACAGUGCUUCUGGGUACACAAACGAAUAACCACUAUUGUGGAGGACUUCCUGUAGAAUUAUUCUAAUGAGAGACACUGUUAAUCAUUGCCUUCGUUCAAGUCUGUCUUCUGGCCUACUGAAAGAAGACAAAGGAUGGGGGAUGGGGGACUUUAGAAUCAGAUUUUCCAAAAGUGCUUGAUCAACACAGUUCACACUUAGCUUGAGAAGGAUUAUCUAAGACCCUUUACAUGUUUUGUGAGAUAAUUUCCCUGCAACUAUAGCAGAAAAGCAAACUCAAAAGUCUCAUAAGGGUCCAUCAUUUGACAAUAGCUACAGUAUGUUUCCUUUAACUGGUCCAGUGAUUUUUGGCAUUUCUAUUUAACUUUCUUAAAAAAAAAGUUGUUUCCAUUACCCAUUUAGGAAAAUUGCGCAUUAAGAAAUUGGCGACAGCCUGUAUGCCCUUCCACCUAUUUGUUUUAUUUCUCAGGUUGCCCGCAAAAGCCAGCAUGGAUAGAAUGCAAUAAUUGACUAAUAUUUGCCAUAUUCGAAUGAAAAAUUAUCAUGUGUCAACGUAUCUCCACGGUCCGUGCCAUGGGGAAACUUGCACUCCUAUAGAUCUGAAAUAAUUGGAUGCUGAUACUUGCCAGCCAACCAGAAAAGCAAGGCAAAGUAAUUCAGGCAUUCUUGGAAGUCAGGACAAUCCUUGUCCUGUAAAUCAUAAUUUAUUAAAAAAAUACAGUUUCCAUCACAGUUUUUACAAUAAAGAAAGUUAGACAAAGGAAAAUACACCCCUGUCGAACGGAUAAAAAUGUGUCAAUCUUUAGAAAACGUAUCCUAUAUCUGCCAUUUCCAUCAUCUCAAUUUCUACUUUUUUUGCGACAUUGCUGAAUAAACCUGGAAAUUGAAACGUUCCUAGUGUCUGUCUGGCAGUGGUACUCUUAUAGACUGAGAGUGACAGACGUCUUCAAACAUACACAGUUUCUCUGUUAUGAUGGGGAUAUAAUUAUAUAUGUUCAAUAGGCUAACCGCCAGUGGCUCAAGACACAGAAUGAUAUAUAUCAGAGCUACCAUUUUACAAAUGUUUUGGGUGUUCUAAACGUUAGCUAUGUGUUGUCUCUCACACCUCUCCAAUUGAACGAGAUCUAAUGAGCUAAAAUCAGGACAUUGAAUGCCAUAUUUAUUAUAUUCUAAUUUGCAAAAUUAUGUUUUAUGAAUCUUUAAUUCAUUAAAAUGGCUGUAAACACUAAUUGAUUGAAUAACAUAUUUUGCAUGUUUCUGAGAUAUUUAGUUGAAUAAUUUUUCUGAGCUGAGUGUAAGUGCAUUCUUGUGUAAUUUAAUUUGUUUUAGUUCUUAGCUUAACAAAGAUGUGUUACGUCACGUCUUGAGGCGAUUUUGAACAGCAUUACAUGUGAAAGGAGCACAAAAUGUUGAUGAGGGCAUGAGGACAAAAUUACACUCACAAUCAAAAUAAAUUCACUUCGUACCUUGCUUUGGGUUUGACAUUAGGGGCCAUUCUCUCAUGUGUCUGAAAAUAGUCUGCAGCUUGUCAUUUUAAACAAGACUUUGGUUACCUGUCCUCUAUUCAAUCAAAAGAGGAUGCUUAUUUCAUAUUUUAAGAUACAGAUCUGAUAUAACGCUUUCAGGAGUGAUAGCUGUGUCAUCCACGCUCGAGUAUGAGGUAUUCAUUUAGUUCACAUACAUUUAUUUAGUCCUCUUUGAGAAGAUUCAAUUACGAUUAAAACACAUUUUUGCGAAUGUAAAUGAAGAUCCUCGCACAUUCUAUGCAAAACAAAUGGAUAUAGACAGAAUUGUAACAAUGCGAAUACGUAAUGCGAAUACGUGUUAACUGACACGAAUACGUGUCAGUUAACUAUCUUACAUUUAUUAUACUUUCUGUAUACAGUUUGUAUUUAUGAAUUGAGUUGCAAUCUAAAAUGUAUCAAUAAACUUAUUUAAAAAA